CAACCGAGAGCUGAUGGAGCCAGAUGAAAGAGGCAGGAGGCGAGCCCCUCCGCUUGCGCGUCAGCAUCCCCUCAAAUAGAAAUCCGCUGCUGUCACCUCAGCCCUGAUCGCAGAGGACGCACGGCUGCAAACGACAAUUAAAAGCUGGUCCGAGCAAUGCAGCGUUUUAUUGUUUUAUUUAAUUUCCUUUUUUUAAAUAAAUGUAAUGGCAGAGGAGACGAAUAAGGGCAGGCUGUGAGGAGCGUUACGGAGAAUGGUAGUGAGGAUCAAGGCGCGCUGUCCCAGGAGAACUCAUCCGAAGAGCUGGCCGUGAGAGACCGGGAUGCUGCUCUAAUACCACCGGGGGCGGGUUUACCUAAUCACAAGGUCCAAUUUGCAGCGCCGGUGCUUGACUGAAAGUGAGCAAGACAGAGUUGGUGACAUGGGUGACAAAGAAGACAGCAAUUCAGAUCUCACCUACCAAAACCUGCUGGUUCUGGGAGCAAUCGCAGCAGCGUCUGCCUUUGUGGUCACCAUCCUUAUCGUCCUUGUCUGCGUAGGUUGCCAAAGAAAAAGCAAGAGCAAGCACCCCCCGGCCGGAGAGAAAGGGACAUCCGUAAAUAUGCAGGGUACGCUUCGCCAUCCAAAACUGAACUCCAUGAGUAAAUCUGACACCAGGCUGCAUGAGAUCAAUCGCUUUCCCUGCAAUGGAAACUCUGUUAGCAAGAGCCGUCCAGCCAGCAUGGACCUCCUGCUCCUCCACAGUCGGCGCUCCCAGACGGACUUGAGGCCCUCCCACGGCCGCCAGCUCCCCCAGAUCCCCACCAGUCCCCAGGCGUCCGGCCAGGGAGGGGGAGGUGGAGGCGGAGGAGGAGGAGGAGGGGAAGCGGGAGGUGAGGGCGGAGGCGGCGGAGGGGAGGCUAGAGACCACACCUACACCGAGGUAGGUCUGCGCAACAACCCGACACCCACCCAUUACCUGGACGACGGCCUGUACGAAAGCGUCGGGGUCCGGGAAAGCGAUGCGUCCCCCAAGGUGCCCUCUGCCCCGCUGACGUCUUCGAGCAGCACCCCAUCGACGGUGAGAGCAGCUCAGAGCCCCCCGACUCACGCAGGAGGAGCUCGUAAUGGCAACGGCCAUGGAAACGUUGGUAGAGGGAACGGCAGAGGAAACGGCGCGGUUAAUGGAACAAUGCCGGGGAGAGGUAACGGAGCCAGCGGGGUUAGCAGAUCCCCUCUGUCCUCUGUGAACUCCCUGGUCAAUCAAGAUCCAUCUGCAGCUGAAUAUGCGUCCAUACGCAAGUUUAAAAAGGUGGACAAGUUAAGCCGGAAGGAGAAUAACGGAGCCGACAGCAUGUCAGACAGCCAGUCGAGUGUGAGCGAUUCGCCCUCCGCUGCCCCUCUUCCUCUACAUCGCAGUCAGGAGAUUCCACGCAAGCCACUGGAGCCCUUCCACCUGCACUCUUUCCCAAAGGAAGCAGUGUUCAUAGGAAACGGGGAGCAGUACAUCUGGAAGCCUCCAGAGGAUGAUGACAUCAUCACCUUGCACCCACCACCGCUCCGUGGGGAGAAUGGACAGCCGGGGCACCCAUCGCCUCCAACCGCAAAGGAGAUUGCGGACACUUACUCCAUUGUGUGUAAACCCCAGAAAAAGAAACCUCCCAUGGAGCACAACGGAGCAAAGACCCUCCCGCGAUCCUUUGGAGGGGACAGAGGAAAUCGAGGUCGAGGCAGAGGAGUCCACGGACAGGCACGUUCCCAGGAGGAGCCCUGCUACGAGCCUGUGGGGGACCGGUCCUGGUCCUCCCCUGUGGCCGAGUCAGACCCUGCCUAUGCUAGUAUCGAUGCCCACAGGAAGCGUGAGCAGGGGGCAACCAGUAACAGCACAGGUGGGGGUAGUGCCACUUUGAAGAGAAAGAAGCAAACCCCUCAGCAGCCGCAGCCGCAGCAGCCGCAGCAACAUCAGGCGGUACCAGCAGCACCACAAGGCUCAGGGCCCACUGCCCCUCCUGUUAGAGGCCUCCCUGGUGGGGAAAACUUCUAUGAGACCAUCAGCGAUGUAAAACAGGGAAGCAACACCUCUGGCACUACCACCAUCUUCACCUUCAACGACGGGAUGGAGAUGUACGUCACCGGCCUGUAACACCCUGGUAGAAUCCACUGGUCCGGAUUCCAGGGAUCUUCAAGCAGGUUGCUGUACAUAGACACAGGCCCUCUACAGUCAAUCAACGUGAGGAUCCAUUUUGUGUUGACAUCAGGUACAAACAGGGUCUUAAUCCAGGUUCAGACUUCCUUCGAUUGGUCUGCACUUCAGAACCAGCCUAAGCCUAGUCCAGCCCAAAAAUGGACCAAAUACAUUUGAACAAAAACAAAAAAAAUAUAAAUAUAUAUAAAUAUAUAUUAUUGUGUCACUGGCCAUACUCACUCGCUUGUGGAUCAUUUUCCAUUAUAUCUUUAUUUUUAUAUGAACACUGUACUCUUGAAAGAGUAUGUGUUUCAACUCACAAACCUGAGAAGAACACUUAAUAUAUAUAUAUGGGUGGGGGGGAAAAAAAAGAAAAAUGUGCAUGCAUUGAGCAAGACUCACACAAUAAUAGACAUGAACAUAGACAUUAGUAGCAAUGGAAGUGGUUGUUUACGGAGCAUAAGGUAUGCAAUCGGGUCACCAGUGCACAGAUACAUUCCUCAUCCUGGGGUGGAGAAUAUGCACAGCAAAGGCACAGUUAUUUGCAGUGCUCAGCUCUACCUAAGCAAACAUUAAACAGGUUAUGACGCUCGCUGACCUGUCGUCUGGAGGAGAGGGUUUGCGGUGCUUCGUUCAGACACGGUGCCUGUAAUUUGCAGGCCUGCUCAAACGCACAGACGAAAAAAAUGAAGGCUGAUGUCUUCGUUCUGCUCAUUGUCAUCAGGGUCAGCUGGCGGUUAAGAGUCCUCGUGACAAAGUUAGAAGGCAACUUUUGCUCCAUAGUACUUAAAUUAAGACAAAAGUUCAAGCUCAACCCUCAAAUUCGGCAAAUUGUUGCCGGAGGCAUGCUGACACCACGCACCCCUCAGAUGCUCACAUACUUGGCAGAGUCAUGCAAGGUGAUGAGAUCAGGUCCAGGGCAGCGAACGGCUUGCGCAAGAAUUCGCCCAGUGUGAUCGUUUACCCACGAGAGAGUUUAACUGUACUGCAGGGAUAAAUGAGAGAAGUAUAUUUAAAAAAAAAAAAAGAGAAGUGAAAGAGUGUCAGUACCAGUGCAGGAUGCUUAGUCUUGUUCAGUUAGCGUCAUUUCCUAUGCAGAUUGUAAACAUCUUAUUUUAUAGCCACUGUAAUUUUGCACAGGACAACUGCCUGACUGCUGAGCUUGGCUGUGCCCGUCAAGGGUUUAUUAAGGCGCGAUUUUGAUUUGAUCUGAGUCAAAACCAGAGCUCCCCGUAGCUCGCCAGACUUGACUUGUGUGGUUGAAAUAGCAACAGAGGGGUCUGGACUCCAAAGAAAACAUAGAGCUGGACACAAAUAUUACCAUUUAGUGUCUUUUGAAAAGUUGUUCCUCUCCUUCUGCCCGGUCUCGGGUCCGGCUUGUGUGCUGGUUUCUCUUCCAUCACAAACAGCGUAAUUCCCAUGUAGCUUCGGGAACCAUUAAAAAAAAAAGAACACAGGAAGAAGCAAGACAUUUGGGGUUUGACGCAGUGUUGGGGAAAAAGUGGUUGCCCCUGUGCACUUUUUUCUCUCUUAUUGGUGUAAAGAGUAAAUAUAAAAUGCAGUUUUCAUUAAAGUAAAAAGCCAUUUAUACCAUCGCAGCCCUAUAUGAAAAGGUAAAGGCCUCCUAAACCCAAUAACCGGUUUUGCCACUUUAAUCAGUCUUCUUAGUUUUAACUCUGUGGGAGAUGUUUGAGCAUUACUGGCCUAGCUAUGCUAAUUUCACAGCAUUACAAUCAAAUUUACUCCAAUCUAUUCCAAAAGCUUUUUUUUUUUUUAUCUGAGGUUAGACUUGAGCUGAUGUUUUGUCCUGCUGGAUAAGCCAAAUGUGCUUGAAUGUUAAGGUCACAAACUAAUAGCCGUACAUUCUCCUUUAGGAUCUUCUACUAGAGAGCAGAAAUCAUGGUUCCAUCAAUGAGAGCGGGUUGUCUAGGUCUUGAAGCAACAAAGCUGCCCCAUAAUACCACAUCACCACCACCAUGUUCACCACUGCUCUCUGUUUUUCUUCAUUUGUCAGGGAACCUCACCUCAUCUGUGAGGUCUCUUAAGUCCCAAAACCUCACAAUUGCCUUUGUGACCCUUUCCUGCCUGGUAGGUUUAAAUGAACUUGAUUCUAAUCUGUUUUUUAAUUUCUUUAGACUUUUUUUUAGAUCUUUUAGCCUAUUUCAUGAUGUAAAACAGGUUGUGUUUAAGUGAUUUCUUAAUUAUUUUGGUCUGAAAGUAAGCAGGUCUGGGUGUGGAUAAUACAAUUAAACUAAAAUAAUGUAGUUAAUUACAGACAUUUUAUGAUAUUACAAUGGGGGGGAGUAACUUUAUCUUCACAUAGGGCUAGGUUGGUUUGGCUAGCUUUCUAUCCUCCUAUUAAUUGAAAUUAUCAUUGGAAAACUGCUUUUUGUAUGAACUCGUGGUAUCCUUGUUUGAUAUUAAAAAUUUUUUAAUUAUCUGAAACAUUCAAGUGUGACAUAGAAACUAAAAGAGAAGACAUUUGUAAAUCGAAAUUUGGGGGGUAAAUACUUUUUUCACAAGCUGUAAAGGGAGAACUGAUAAAGGUUACAUUCUACUCACUUGCUGUGUGACAAACAAGCAAAGGGAAGACGGGUUUAAAAAGGAUUUAUCAAGAGAAAUAUAUAAAUGCUACUGUGUCGGAAAGUAUGUAAAAACAAAUGCACACUGUAUUUUAAAGCACUGUUUAAUUUCUAUCCUAACUAAUGAAAAUACAUUUGGGUAAAUAGCUCACACCACUGCCAUGAAAAGAGUAUAUUUAUGUUGUUGAUGCAACUUUUCUUUUCUGCUUGAGCAAGUAAGUGCAUGCCUUGAUAUAUGGAGAUGAAAACAAAUAUUGUGGUAGCUUAUCUCUUGUUUCUAUUUUACGUUGUACUUUUUUGCCAUGUAAUGUAAAGCAGCAUUUUGUUUCGCCAAAGCAACAACUUUAAGGAGCAGAAGAGCCAGGAAAGGAUAGAUGGGUGCCGCUAUAGGAGAAAAUGGAAGGGUUAUUUAUUCUUUUCCCCAGAGGGAGCAGAAAAGAGGGACCGAGUCGGGUUAAGGGGGAUGCACGGCUAGCGGAAAGUCCGGAUGAAGAUCCGUGCGAAUGGACAAGGACCAACAGGGCUCUCCCCCGCUCUGAUAUGUGUUUUUGUUAUUCAUAUACGAGACAAGCACACGGAAAUCCCGCCUUCAGUCAAGGUGGGGAAGCACGAUUUUUUUGUACGGCCACUCCCCUUUUUUACCGCUGUACAGAAGAGGGCCCUUUGAUGUCCUUUCCUGGGGAUCUCCAAGUAAUAAGUGGGUCGAGGUGGGGUGUGGGGGGGGCAGGCAGACCCCCAGCCUCAUAUCAGCAAUGCACCAACGGCUCGUCUGUCUGUUACAUGAGAAAUGGUCAACAGCUGAGAUGCGGCCUCUCAAACAAAAUCGACUGGAAACUGCCGUCACGCUCCAUGUUUUUUCCCGUGUGGCUAUCACCUCAUGUGUUGCAUUUUGCCCCGAGAUGAAUGCACUGAUCUGAGAUACAUUGUUGAGCGAUGUUAUUCACUGACAGAGACAAAUGUCCGUUGCACAAAACAAUACGAUGAUGUAAAUGUGUAAAAUACUGUGUUGCUGUUCUGAUGUUGUUCCGAUGUAACAUGCAGUAUACAGUAUAUUUGUUGACGGAAAAAAAAAAAAGAAAAAAAGAUGGCUAUCACAGACACAUAGUACUUUGUGAAUGAAAAAAAAAAAAAAAAACACAAGAAGAGAAACAUUUCAUGCUCUCCAUGCAGAUACAGAUGCUGUCUGUUAAUUGUCUUAAAAUAUAAAUAUGGGCCAGUACUGCUGUGACAGCCGUAGCCAAUGUUGUAUGUUUUAAAAGCACAGGGUUUAGUUUUAAAAAAAUAAAAGAAUAAAAAUAUAUAAUAUAGCGUGACAGUGCAGAUAUGCAAAAGAUUGUAAUGUUUUAUAUUACCCUUCAUAAAAUAUUAAAGUGAGUUUUUACUUUUCUAAUAAAGUGGCACAUUAUAACAUG